CGUCAGCGAUGAGGCGCGGGGGGAAGGAGGGAAUGAGUGAAUGAGCCAAGAUAUUCACCCCAGUGUUUUAACAAUUCAAGCUGUCCUGUGGAUAGUCGGUGUUUCCAAGAAAACAUCACGUAGUGACCAUUUGCCUCUGAGACGAGCACUCGCCGGUGUUAGCACUCGGCUCGCGGCGCUAUUUGAACAGGAGCAGACUCUGGGGAAGAGAGAAGAGACAGCUCAGUCUGCUCACGAUCAGAUACAGGGGAUGCUGAACAGAUACUAGUGCACUGGACUCAACGCCACACCGGGACCUAUAGCUUCCUGCUGUAAUGUCGCAGUGGACAGAUUAUUGCAGGUUGGAAUGAUAUGGAGGAUUUCAGAACAUAAUAUUUUAUGAGAAAUGCUACAGGAGAAGGCCUCAGCUGUGGCUGAUGAAGGUAUGACCGUGGCCCAGUUGGGUGGGCGUCCUGAGCUUGCCAGUGAUUCCUCACAUUUGGGCCUGCCUACAACUCCCAGCAUUCCCCAGAACAAUGAGCCUGACAAGAACAUCGAAAACAUCAAAGUGGUUCUUCACGACAGGGAACUAUGGAAGAAGUUCCACGAGGCCGGAACUGAGAUGAUCAUCACCAAAGCAGGCAGGCGGAUGUUCCCCAGCUACAAAGUUAAAGUCACAGGAAUGAACCCAAAAACCAAAUACAUCCUAUUAACUGACAUCAUUCCAGCUGAUGACCAUCGGUACAAGUUCUGUGACAACAAGUGGAUGGUGGCAGGAAAAGCAGAGCCUGCCAUGCCUGGAAGACUCUACGUCCACCCAGACUCUCCUGCAACAGGGGCCCACUGGAUGAGACAGCUGGUCUCCUUCCAAAAGCUGAAGCUCACAAACAACCACCUUGAUCCUUUCGGGCAUAUCAUCUUGAACUCAAUGCACAAAUACCAGCCCAGGUUGCACAUUGUGAAAGCUGAUGAGAACAAUGCCUUUGGCUCUAAGAACACAGCCUACUGUACUCAUGUCUUCCAUGAGACAGCGUUCAUCUCCGUUACAUCCUAUCAGAACCAUAAGAUCACCCAGUUAAAAAUUGAGAACAAUCCUUUUGCCAAAGGUUUCCGUGGCAGCGACGAGGGCGAUUUGCGUGUGUCCAGACUUCAAGGGAAAGAUUACCCUGUGAUUUCUAAGAACAUGGUCCGGCAGCGGCUUAUCUCAUCACAUGGCCAUCUGUCAGGAAAACUGGGGACAGGUGUGCUGAGUAGCCACUCACAGGUGGUUUCUCACUAUCAGUAUGACAGUGGCGUCCCCCUGCCGAAUUCUGAUUCCCAGGAAGCUCACUCUCACUCCUUCCCAUCUAGCAGAGAAUCCAGCCUUCUUUACCACUGCUUUAAGCACAGAGAUAACACAAGACAUUUGGAACUGGGAUGCAAACGACCCUAUCUUGACACAACAGCCUCUGCGGUUUCUGAGGAGCACUACUUCCGCUCCCCUCCUUCCUACGAUCCACCCCUGCUGUCCCAUCCAUACUGCAGCGAGGCUUUAGGUUCUAGAGAGGCAUGCAUGUAUGGAGGAAUGGAGGGAGAGGCCGGGGGCGCAGUGGGUACCGAUGACCUCCCUGCCCCGUCACUGAACUGCAAUAUGUGGGCGUCAGUGCAGCCGUAUCCUCGCUACGGCAUGCAAACUGUGGAGUCUGUGCAAUACCAGCCCUUCACUGCACACUUCAACAGCACAGCCUCCACGGUUCCCCACCACUCAUCGUCCAUGCAGCGUCCACAUCCAGCACCUCCCGACCUAGUCGCGUUUACCACACAGCGGGUGUUGCCACCGACGGCAUCUUCAGCAUCCUCCUCCCCCUCCGGCCCCGCCCCCCGUGACAGAGCACAUUCCUCGCUUUUUCAUAGGAAGCCUGGGUCGCCAUUACGUUCACAAAGGGAUUUCACAGGCUAUCCGAACCAUAGCCCUACUUCAACACGAGAAUCAGCCUAUCAGUUCCAAACAGGGCUGAGCAGUGUUGGGCCUCACUGGACAGACAGUUAAACAGCCACCGUCUACAACUAUAUUCCUCUGCAGCUUAGAGAAACAAACUCUCUGUGAACAACAGCUGCAAUGAGAUUAUUUUUACAGCCAUGAUGCUAAAUUGUAAAGCAAAGCCAUAAAUCUAUUUACCCUCAUAGUAUAGGAAGCCCACAAUUUGUGGCACUGUAUAUUUAUUUGAAUUUGAGAUCAGAGUUGUAGCUCAUGCGCAGGUGGUGAAACCAAGCACAAACAGCCAACGUAAUGCACUAGUGUUGGCAUUAAAGGGAUAGUUCAUCUAAAAAUGAAAAUGUCAUUCCAAAGCUGUUCUUCCGUGAAACACAAAAGAAGAUUUUUUUUUUUAAAUGGGUCAGCUGUAUUUGUUCAUAUACUGUAGCGAAUGUCAAUGGGUGUUUAAUGCAACAUUGG